AUGGUGAACUUCACAGUUGACGAGAUCCGGCAGUUGAUGGACAAGCCCACCAAUGUCCGUAACAUGUCCGUCAUUGCCCACGUCGAUCACGGCAAGUCUACCCUGACCGACUCCCUGCUCGCCAAGGCUGGUAUCAUUUCCACCGCCAAGGCUGGUGACGCCCGAGCCACAGAUACUCGUGCCGACGAGCAGGAGCGUGGUAUUACCAUCAAGUCCACUGCCAUCUCUCUGUACGGUCAGCUCGAGGAUGAGGAGGAUAUCAAGGACAUUGUCGGCCAGAAGACUGACGGCCGUGAUUUCCUGAUCAACCUGAUCGAUUCCCCCGGUCACGUUGAUUUCUCAUCCGAGGUCACUGCUGCUCUCCGUGUCACUGAUGGUGCCCUUGUCGUCGUCGACACCGUCGAGGGUGUCUGCGUCCAGACCGAGACUGUGCUGCGACAGGCCCUUGGUGAGCGCAUCAAGCCCGUCAUCAUCAUCAACAAGGUCGACCGUGCUCUUCUCGAGCUUCAGGUCUCCAAGGAGGAUCUGUACCAGUCCUUCUCUCGUACCAUCGAGUCCGUCAACGUCAUCAUCUCCACCUACCUCGACAAGUCCCUCGGCGACCUCCAGGUCUACCCCGAGAAGGGUACCAUUGCUUUCGGUUCCGGUCUGCACGGCUGGGCUUUCACCGUCCGCCAGUUCGCCAUCCGUUACGCCAAGAAGUUUGGUGUUGACAAGGGCAAGAUGAUGGAGCGUCUCUGGGGUGACAACUACUUCAACCCCCACACCAAGAAGUGGACCAAGAACGGUACCUACGAGGGCAAGCAGCUUGAGCGUGCUUUCAACCAGUUCAUUCUGGACCCCAUCUUCAAGAUCUUCUCUGCUGUUAUGAACUUCAAGAACGACGAGAUCGCCACCCUGCUUGACAAGCUCCAGCUCAAGCUGACCCCUGAUGACCGCUCCAAGGAGGGCAAGCAGCUGCUCAAGGCCGUCAUGCGCACUUUCCUGCCCGCUGCCGACUCCCUGCUGGAGAUGAUGAUCCUCCACCUUCCUUCACCCGUCACUGCCCAGCGCUACCGUGUCGAGACCCUGUACGAGGGUCCCAUGGACGACGAGGCUGCCAUCGGUAUCCGUGACUGUGACCCCAAUGGUCCCCUCAUGCUUUACGUCUCCAAGAUGGUUCCCACCUCUGACAAGGGCCGAUUCUACGCCUUCGGUCGUGUCUUCUCCGGUAAGGUCCGCUCCGGUCUCAAGGUCCGCAUCCAGGGCCCCAACUACACCCCCGGCAAGAAGGACGAUCUCUUCGUCAAGGCCAUCCAGCGUACUGUCCUGAUGAUGGGUGGCAAGGUCGAGCCCAUUGACGACAUGCCUGCCGGUAACAUUGUCGGUCUGGUCGGUAUCGAUCAGUUCCUGCUCAAGUCUGGUACCCUGACCACCAGCGAGUCUGCCCACAACCUCAAGGUCAUGAAGUUUUCCGUCUCCCCCGUCGUCCGACGCUCCGUCCAGGUCAAGAACGCCCAGGAUCUCCCCAAGCUGGUUGAAGGUCUUAAGCGUCUGUCCAAGUCCGACCCUUGCGUUCUUACCUACACUUCCGAGUCUGGUGAGCACGUCGUUGCCGGUGCCGGUGAGCUCCACCUCGAGAUUUGCUUGAACGAUCUCGAGAACGACCACGCUGGUGUUCCCCUCAUCAUUUCCGACCCCGUCGUCCAGUACCGUGAGACUGUCACGGGCAAGUCCAGCAUCACCGCUCUGUCCAAGUCCCCCAACAAGCACAACCGUCUGUACAUGGUUGCCGAGCCCAUUGACGAGGAGCUGUCCCUGGCCAUUGAGGCUGGCAAGGUCAGCCCCCGUGAUGAUUUCAAGGCUCGUGCCCGUGUUCUGGCUGAUGAUUUCGGCUGGGAUGUCACCGACGCCCGUAAGAUCUGGACCUUCGGUCCCGAUGGCACUGGUGCCAACUUGCUGGUUGACCAGACCAAGGCCGUCCAGUACCUCAACGAAAUCAAGGACUCCGUCGUCUCUGGUUUCCAGUGGGCUUCCCGUGAGGGUCCCAUUGCUGAGGAGCCCAUGCGCUCCAUCCGCUUCAACGUCCUUGAUGUUACUCUGCACGCUGAUGCUAUCCACCGUGGUGGUGGCCAGAUCAUCCCCACUGCUCGUCGUGUCCUGUACGCCUCUGCUCUGCUGGCUGAGCCUGCUCUGCUUGAGCCCGUCUACCUGGUCGAGAUUCAGGUCCCUGAGCAGGCCAUGGGUGGUGUCUACGGUGUCCUGACCCGUCGUCGUGGUCACGUCUUCAACGAGGAGCAGCGUCCUGGUACUCCUCUCUUCAACAUCAAGGCCUACCUGCCCGUCCUGGAGUCCUUCGGCUUCAACGGUGACCUGCGCCAGGCCACCUCCGGCCAGGCUUUCCCCCAGUCUGUCUUCUCUCACUGGCAGGUCCUGCCCGGUGGCUCUCCUCUCGAUGCCACCUCCAAGGUCGGCACCAUCGUUACUGAGAUGCGUAAGCGCAAGGGUAUCAAGGUUGAGGUUCCCGGUGUCGAGAACUACUAUGACAAGCUGUAA